AUCAAUGCCGUUUAGUGAGAACUUGGAGAAUUGGAGAUCACUGAUCAGUGAAAGUGAGUUGAUAAUUGAAAAACAAUCGAGCAUUUUAAAAAGUGUUUACUUAUAUUUUGAUCACUUCAGUAAUGUGUAAGUAAAUGGUUAUUCAUGUUUAAGCAAUGAGGCGCUGAUCAGGAGUGUAUUGUACGAGUAUCAUCUCUACGUAAGUAAGUUCAUCGGCAAUGGCAGACGCCAGACUCGAGACGACGACGUAUUCGUAUUGGUAUUUGACGAAACCCGAGGCGGCGGCCGCCUAGUGCCUAGUGGGAAAUGGCGAAUCGGAGAUAUGGCUGGCGCACUGCCGCCGCCGCGUACUCUACCGCAAGCGUCGCUUUGGUUGUGUUGGCGUUGUUCCUUCAAUUCGCAGGCUCCAACUGCUCGUUGAACUUAUACUUGGACAAAGAUGAAUCGCACCACUUUCUGGGUAUACCCAGCGAGAUUUACUACAUCCAAGCCGGUAGAAUACAGAAAAAUGCUCUGGAGCGUGUUCUUAAAGUUCCAGAAAAUUACCACACUAUUCACUUCAAUUGGGAAAGUUUGACGCUGUAUUCGGUGCCGUACACGGUCGACGUCCAAAUAUCGGACAAGAAAUUACUCAGAUCGGUUACUCUGAAUGUUUCGAAUCAGGGCUACGUGCCGAGUACCAAGGAAACUGUAAUGAUUCAAUUCACCUGCAACGGACUACAAGAUGCUCGAGUUGUCGUCGAUUUUAAUUUGAAAUUUACCGCCGAGAAUUCAUCGGUUAUCGACGUUACCUUUAAAAGGGAAAAAUUCUGCGUUAAAGAGGCUCAAAAAAUCUCGUUCGAUAUCGACCAGCAACCGUUGACCGAAAGUUCAGAUUCGUCUCAGCUGAAAAUAUUUUACAUCGUUCUGUGUUUCGGAUGCUCUUUAUUCACCUUAUUGAUCCUUUGCUUCUUGGCGUACGUCGUUAGUAACAAGAAGGACAGUCGACAAAGCUCGUUACGUGCCGAACAGCAUAUUCGUCUGAGACCUAGCGAAACGGAAAAUACGCAUACUCGUACGCAUACGCCGUACAUUUUGAGCGCUUCGGCCGUAAACAGCGGUACGUCGACUUCGUCCAAUAUCAGCCAUUCGAGUGUGAAAAAACGUAAAAACUAUACUCAAUUGGAUAAUCGAUCGUUGGAUUUGCAAGAUAGAAUAUCGGAAAUCACUAUUCAGAGAAAAAGAAUACGAUUACAAAGACUGGAAUUGGAAGGCACUUUCGGCCACGUUUACGUUGGAACUUACACGAAAGAAGACGGAUCCGAAGAAGAAGUUAUAGUAAAAACCGUCAUGGAUUUCGCCAGCUCAAAUCAAAUAUCGUUACUGUUGAGAGAAGGUCUCACCAUGUACGGUCUGAAGCAUAAAAAUAUCAUGUCGGUGCUCGGAGUUUCGAUCGAAGAUCACGUCGAACCGUUCGUUAUUUAUUUACGCGAAGGUUUUACAAACCUGAAAAAGUACUUGCAAAAAUGUAAGCUUUGUCAAGAGGGCAUUACGCACAUUUUGACCACUCAAGAAGUCGUCGAAAUCGCUUUGCAGAUCAUCUCCGGCAUUCAAUACAUGCACAAGAAGAAACUUCUUCAUAAAGAUCUGGCCACCAGGAACUGCCUAAUCGACGGCUGUUUGAACGUCAAAGUGGCUGAUAACGCGUUGUCGCGAGAUCUCUUUCCGAAUGAUUAUCAUUGUUUGGGUGAUAAUGAAAAUCGUCCGGUCAAAUGGUUAGCUAUCGAAAGUCUGAUGCACAGAACAUUUUCCACCGCUUCCGACGUGUGGUCUUUCGGAGUUAGCCUGUGGGAGUUGACUACUCUCGGCCAGCAGCCUUACGUCGAGGUCGACCCUUUCGAAGUGGAGCACUACCUGAAAGACGGAUAUAGAUUAUCUCAACCUGUCAACUGUCCCGACGAAUUGUUCGCCGUUAUGGCGUAUUGUUGGGCCAUGAGCGCCGACGAAAGGCCCACGUUUUCGCAGCUUUUAACCUGCUUGCAAGACUUUCGUAACCAGUUGAAUAAAUAUGUUUGAGUUUGAAAUUGCGUGUUUGGUGUAGCUCGUUUUCUUCGGUUUCCGCGUGUACGUGUAAUUGUGUAUGCGCUACUCGUACGCGACAUUUUCGUACGUUGUAAAAAUUGAAAAAAACUAUUAUUCUACUCGUAUUCGGUUUUGGUGAGUGCAUUGUUCAGUUCAGUGCACCUGCACAUAUCCGACGCUGACGCACACGCGCUAGUCGUAUCUGUAUGUUGUAUAUGUAUUAUGUAAUACUCGUACGUCUACGUACCUACUUGUAUAUUGUGUAUGUAGAUGUAAUUGUACGCCUCGUGUACUAAUAUAAUUUUGUACCUGUUCCAAUUUAAAUUAAUAAAUGCCUUUUUUGUCCAGCAA